UCAGUGUUUGAUAAUUUUUGUUGAAAAUGUAUAGUUUUCUAAUUUGUGUUUAGUUAAAAAUAAUAUUGUUAAGAUUCACUGCCCAAUUCGAAGUGUUMAUUUAUUUUGUCAUGGAAGUGUUAUUUUAUUACUGUUAUUGGCUUAUUGCUGUUGUUGAUGUCGUGAUGUCAUGACGAUUUAGUCGCACUGAAGUCAUACUUCGAUCUAAGAUCUGCAUCUCAGUGUAUAUCGUGGUGUAAAUUAAUUAUUCAUCAUAGAAAUAAUAUUAUAACUAAUAUUUAAAACUGUGCGGCUCAAUCCAAUUGCUUGGGAUAUUAAAUCCAGCCAGUUCAGUCAGUGCUGUGUGUUUAUUUUGAUGUGKUAUUUGAUUAAAAUUCAUUAUGAAUGUGAACGAUGGGACCAUGGAGUGUGAAUACACUACAAAUGAAGGCUUUGGAGAUGUUGAGCUUGAACCAGGAUACAGUGGUACAGAACCACAUGACUGCCCAAGACUUUUUGAUAAUUCAGAACUAUAUAGUCAUUCUAAACAUAAUGAUAGUGUUGCACCUUCUGAUGGCCCAGGACAAGAUUGUUAUACAGAAACCAGUGAUUUAGAAUCAAAAGAAAAAGAUGAACCUUUGUUUGUUAUAGACAAAACUAAAAACUUUAGGCUAAAUCGUACAAUACAAUAUGAGACUUCACCAAAUAAUAAUAAAUAUGGAAAAAAUAAUUUUGUGGCACAUAGACAAAAUUCAUGUUGGAAUUGCAACUCUGUAAAUCAUUCAUUGCAUAAUUGUCCUGAACCCAGAGUUCAUUGGAAAAUUUCAAAAAAUCGACAGGCUUUUCUUAAUCAAAAACAGCAGCAAUAUCAAUCAAAUUCGGGUGGUAGAAACUAUAAAAAUCGGCUUGGCAGUCAUAAGAAUGUACGAUACUUUGUAGCAGGAACUAAAACUUUAUGGAGUGAUUUAACACCUGGUAAAUUAAGUGAUGAUUUGUUAAAAGCAUUAGGUGUUCCUAAAAAUGGACUACCAGUACAUAUUUAUAGAAUGCGAGAGCAUGGUUAUCCUAGUGGAUGGCUUGAAGAAGCUAGAGAAGAAUAUUCUGGGAUAUCAAUAUAUACUACACCUAAUGAAUGUUUACCUCUUCCUGGUAGAGAAAAUGGAAUAAAUAAUUACUUCCAUUGCAAUAUCAAUGAAAAAAAAUUACAUGAAUAUCCUGGAUUUAACGCUCCUUGUCCACCAGAUUUUAUUGAUGAAGGAAAAAGAUUUGGUUGUCCUGAAUAUAAUCCAGAUCAAAGCCUCAAACAUAUGUAUGAAAGAUUAAAAGCUGGCCAAAUUGGUAAAAAUGGAAUAGCAUUGUCUGGAGUUAGUAGUCAAUAUCAAGAUACAGAAUUUGCAUCUAACUCUAAUGAAUGCCCAAUUGAAGAAACCACCCUGAAUAUAAAAACCGAAAAAGAAUUAAAAGAUAAACCACCAUCAUCGCCUGAAGAUGGAGAAAUUACUGAAGAUGAAACUAGAUCUGACAAAAAUGAUGAAGAAUUAUUAUCUAAUGAAACAGUGUCAGUAAUUGACGAACAUAAUAUAUCAAUCCCGAUUGAGAGUAAUUCAGAUACUCAAAAUAAUUCCAAAUCAAAUGUCUCUAGUUCAAUAAAGAUAGACGAUGAAUUAAACUUGACACCAACAACAAAAAGGCAAUUUGGUGAAGUGAAAUCUGAAACCCUUGGCACUCCGGUUCUCAAAAACUUUUCAUCGUAUGGUAAUCGACCAGCCCAUGAACAUUUUGCUAAAGGAAUGGUUGAUAUGGUAGAUCAUGAAAAUUUGCCUAAUGCUACAGGGACAUUUAAAAAGUUAAAAGAAAUAUUGAAGGAUGUGCGUAAAACAAUUAAAGAUUUACUAUGAGUAUUAUUGACAAUUUACUUCCAAAUUUAUUUAGUCAAAAUAUUAUGAAUAUUUUCUAUAUUUUGUCAACUAUAAAAUCAAUUUUUAUUUUAUCAAUUUCAUAUUGAUAAGUAAAUAAUGUGUAUUCGUUGAACUGUUAAUGACAAAAUACCCCAUGAUUGUAUUACUUAAAUUUCAAUUACAGUUUUGUUUUAUUUAUAUGUAUUAAACCAU